AUGAGGUUCGUCCAAUAUAUCCCGACUGGAAUUCCAAACGAAGAUGGUGAGUUCCCAGGAAGGAACUAUACAGUUGGAAAAGUCAUACAACAACUGUAUGAUAUUAGGAAAGCUUCAAACCCCAAACUUGCAAUGACACUCAAAUUGCUUAUGAAUUCGACAUGGGGAUAUUCCAUUAAAAAACCUCAAGAGAUGAAGAGUAAACAUUAUGAGAAGGUCGACAACUUUGUUGAAAGGUUUUCUCCUUUUGUUUUGAAGUACGAAUUCACUCAAGGUCAAAGUGGCUUAGUAACCACAUUAAAACCUAUUGUCGAACAUUGGUCUUACCCUCAGUUCGCAAAGGCAGUCCUUGACAACUACAACAAAUUCUUCUCCGAAGUCAAAUCCAAAGUGAAGGUUUACUAUGAGAACAUUGACGCACUCAUGACGAACGAAGAAGGAUACAACAAACUCAUUGAAAUGGGAAUGGUCGGUGAAAAGAUGGGUCAAUUCAAAUUGGACAAAAUUUUCACCGAAGUUCAUGUCCUCUCCAAGCGUAAGUAUUGGGGUAUACUUGAAGACGGCACAGAAAUAAAACAUUGCAUGAAAUAA